CAGCUUGCAGCCAGAAUGGUUAUCCUCAGCUGGAUUGCUCUGGGAUUUUAUCUUCAGGUCUUUUUCUGCUGGGCUUUGUCUCAAACCUCUUUUGUCGACAGUGUCUUCUCCAUUUCAGCAGCCCUCCCUUGUCUGGACCAGAAGAAACGGAUCAAUACUAACCGAGGAUGCUCUUUUGUUGCUCUUGCGCUUCCUCCUCCCCCUCCUCCACCGCCACCACCACCAUUAUUUCCUCCACCACACUUCACACAUGUGUGGGAUUCUAUGUUGUUUUCUCUGGAUCUGAAAAACUUGUGUCAAGAGCUUCAGAUAACACAAUCUCCCUGUGCAGAAUCUGUGUGCCCCCCAGGACCUCCUGGCCCCCAGGGCCCACAAGGUAUUCCUGGUGUGAAAGGACCAAAGGGAGUAAAAGGUGAGUUUGGAAGACCAGGAAGAAAGGGCAGCCGGGGUCCUCCAGGUGUCCCUGGAAUGCCAGGAUCUAUUGGAUGGCCUGGUCCAAUGGGACUAAAGGGUGAAAAGGGAGAUUUAGGUUUGAUGGGAUUGCCAGGUACAAGAGGACCAAUGGGCUUCAAGGGUAAUACAGGUGGUUCCGGAGAAAAGGGAGCUCAAGGACAGAAAGGAAUCAAAGGCAGCAAAGGUGAUAAGGGAUACAUGGGUUUCCCUGGAAUGUUGGGGCAAAAGGGAGAAAUGGGCCCAAAAGGAGAACCUGGUGCAUCAGGACACAGAGGACCGACUGGACGGCCAGGGAAACGAGGCAAACAAGGACAAAAAGGAGACAUAGGACCCCCUGGAAGUAUAGGCCCACCAGGACAGUUAAUAGCAAGACAAUUAAUGGGGCCAAAAGGGGAAAGAGGAUUUCCAGGACCUCCAGGGAAAUGUCUCUGCAACUCUCAGCCAAACGUGAAUGGCCCACCAUAUGAGGAACCACUGUUUGGAGAAGCCUAUUCCAAAGUACCUGCAAUUUUUGUAGUGAAUAAUCAGGAAGACCUGGAAAGAUUAAACACAGAAAAUGCCCUAGCAUUCCGAAGAGAUCAGCGAUCUUUAUAUUUUAAAGAUACUUCCGGAUGGUUUCCAAUCCAGCUAAGACCUUCCUAUCCACUGGAUCAUCUGCUAGGAGAUAGUAACAUCUGUGGAGAUGGCAUCAUUCAGGAUGGAGAAGAAUGUGAUGAUGGCAAUACCAUUGUGACUGAUGAUUGUAUAAGAUGCCACCGUGCUUAUUGUGGGGAUGGCUAUCGGCUUGAAGGUGCAGAAGAAUGUGAUGGGAAUGACUUUGGAUACUUAACGUGCAAAACAUAUCUCCCUGGGUCUUAUGGAAAAUUACGCUGCACUUCUUACUGUUACAUUGACUCUACAGAUUGUCGCUAUUUUACAUGAAAAGUGAGUGGUAAGAAAAGAGUAAUCUAUAUAUGACAUGCAUGCAUCAGGUGCUACAUUAGUAUCAUCAAACCAAGACUGGACGAUGGAGAAACAAUCAAUGCUGAAACAACCAUUGUCAUGUUGCCAUGAUGAUUGGAGAUAAAUGUUAAUUGCCUGAUCACAGUGGAAGAAAAACAGACCAUUCUUUCCUGUCUCAGUAGAAAACAUCCAGUGAUCGUAACAUUCAAGAUUUGCCUUUUUCAUGACUGGCUGAAUGAAUUUUCCUCUGUAUCAAGAACAAAAACAAACCAAAGGAACACAAUAUUUGACUUCAUACUGUUAGGUUAUUAAAAUACAAUAAUACCUCAAUUUAGCACUGUUAGUUCUUCACCUAAGCUCUUCAGGUUUUCUUAACAAGACUUUUCAAGAAUAAAAACAAAUCAUAAUCUGUUGGAAGUAUUUAUAAGGAGUCUUUUGUUUUUGUUUUUAAAUUAUUAUUACAAUGUGAAAUUUGUACAUGCUUUAACUGCAUGAAUUACAUGGAAACACUUUAUGUUUGUUGAUUUGGGCAAUUUAAGUUGCAGUCAAAUGCCCUCUAAUGUUGUAUUAAAUAUCACUGAAUUCAUUCUAACUUAACUUCUGUGCAGAUCUGCCCAAGAACUAAAGGGAAAUAAAGACUAUUUAGUUUUAGUUUUUUUAAAAAACCAACAAACCAACAAACCUACAUUAAAAAAGAAAGAUGCAAUGAGAUUAAAUCAUACUUGCUGACAGUUUAAAUGGGACAAUUAGGAAGGAACCACAUUUGCUGGCUAAUAACACCAAUGAAAUAGACACAGUUCAGAAUCCUAGGAAUAGGAUCAGCUUCUAAUGCUGAAAGAAAUAAUGCCUUGAGCAUAUUCAUAUUCCAGGCAGCUAAAGCCAACAUGGCCAAUAGAUGAGUAAUGAUGGAAAGUACAGUUCAGCGACUUCUGGAAGACUGCAGCACAUUGUAUUUAAAACUAAGGACUCCUAUGCAAGUUUAUACAGGUGCCAGUUUCAUGUCCAGUGGGUCUAAACAUUCAGGAAACUGUGGUUAGGAUUGUAGUCAGAUUUCCUGUAAUUCCAGGACAGUAGUUCAUAUGGAGCAAGCUAGUGAAUAUACUCUUCCAUACAUUAUAUUCAUGAAAAUAUUUGGAAAUAAUCCUAAGCGAAUUCAUCUAAAAUAUACACUGUUACAUUUACCACUGCAUGGAAGGUUGCAUUUGAAACACUGAGUUGCAUUAAUGAUAAUUGUUGAAAAACUUUCAAUCAAACUUUAAUUCUGGCUUAUUUGCCAGGAAGUAUUAAUUAGUUGCUCACUUUUAUUGAUUUCUGGUCUGAUAAUUGUUUUCAAGUCUCAGCUUUGUAUAACAUUAUAUAUGAUUGUGUAUAUAUUGUAUUUGUACAGCUUAGUUUAAAUGCUGUAUAGAUUUUGUAUGUAUAUAAAUGGCUUUUCUUUUCCUAUUUUCUAAAAAAAAAAUUAUCAAUCAGAAUAUUAUUUACUUUAUAACAGACAUUAAAAAGGAAAUUUUACAUUGGAAAUAUGCUAAGAUACAAAUCAAAACUUUAAAUGCAGGUAGAUUAAUUUUUCAUUUAGUGAAAUACCCGUUCAAAUUAAAAGAGUUAAGAUAGGCCACUCUUUUCCUGCUAUUAUUGAUCCAAAAUAUAUGUUUGAAAUGCAUGAAACUUGUAAAACAUUGGUUACUGUUAUAUCCUGCUUUUUCUGUAGAUAUUAAAUACAGAGGAGAGCACACAAUUAUAAUAAAAUUAAGCUAACAAUUAUUCAUCCUUUUUACCAUAGAUAUGUAGAUGUUAAGUCUGCAU